UCAAAUAUUGGAAGAAAAAGUUCUGGCAUUAAUGAAAUAAACCUCGGAAAUGGUUGUAAACGUUUAGGAACAAUCCUCCAUGAAAUCGGGCAUGCCCUCGGUAUGUGGCACGAGCAAAGUAGACCAGAUAGAAACAGUUAUGUCACCAUACUAAAAAAUAACAUUGUGAGCGGAAAAGAACGCAAGUUUUUGGUCAGAUCUGGCGUUACCUAUGGAACAAAAUACGAUUACGGAUCAAUCAUGCAUUACUCUGAGAGGGCUUUUGCAAAAAAUGGACAGAAAACAAUCAUUGCCAAGCAAAAAGAUUACGAAAAGACAAUGGGACAAAAAACUGGUUUGUCAUUUAAUGACAUAAAGGCUAUUAACUACCACUAUUGUCAGAAGAGAUGUUCUGGAGGAUUAACAUGGUCAAAGUGCAGGAAUGGCGGGUACAGGAAUCCCAGAAGUUGUAAACGCUGUAAGUGUCCUGAGGAGUGGACUGGAACAUAUUGUCAGUCUCCAGAGAACGCUGCGACUUCUGGAUGUGGAAACAAGUAUAGAUAUGCCGUCUCAUGCUACAGAUACUUAAACUCACCUGGAUACUUCGUUCCAAGGAAUUACACAACCAAUGCGGAAUGUACCUGGAAAAUUACGGCACCUCCAGGAAAACGAGUCCGAUUGGAAUUUAUUGAGACCUUUAGGAUUACAUGCGACAGAAGAUGUUUGGACUAUGUAGAGGUUCGUUACAACAGUUUCUCUACAACGGGACCAAGGUUCUGUUGCAACUCAAGACCCAAACGAGUAUUCACAUCCAGAAGUCGAGAAAUGUUGGUCCUAUUUAGGACAAACUCCAAUUCCGUAGCAAGGGGCUUCAGGGCAAGAUUCAAAUAUGUCUAAGCUAGAUUUAAAGGCAUGCUUCCUCUUGAUUGAAUAUUAUUAAUAAGUACAAACAUGUGCCCCUAAUCAAGUAGUGUUUUUUAAAUCAUUUAGUGCUAUAGAUUUCUGAUAAAAAAUCUCUUGAGAAAUAUUUACGGAGAACUGACUCUAGUGUCAUCACCGAUUAUGCCUGUUAAUAUGAUCCUUGUUUCUCCGAAAAGAAAAACAUUGACACAUAAAAGAUAUUUGCAAAUCAUCAGGUGUGCUUGUAGAGCAAUGUUGUGCUCGGAAUUAUGUCAAUGUUUAACAACAAUGACAAAUUUAUAAUCUCUCUCUCUCUCU